CACACACACACACACACACAAACACAUUCUUCACUUCUUCACUGGUGUACAAUGCAGUGUUUUAUCCAUUCAGUUUGUGACUUUUUACCUCCUGACUCUAAACCACACAAAAGCAAAUCUCAAGCUUCCUUUUCAUGGAGCCAGUCUGUGUGACGCUAUUGUGUUCAAGUGAGCAAGACAAGAUAAAGAGAGCUGGUGGAACAGCUCACACAAGGUUGGAUCAGGGAGUAGACAGGGCUGACUAAGGGUUCAUUAACUGUUCAUCUGAGCCCUGAGGGCUUGUUCUUGAAGCCGCAUGUGCAAUUAUACUAGGGUCAAGAUAGUUAUGUGUCUUCAGAGAAGUUGUAGUGAUGACAGCAGGAUUAAUACUGUAAGUGUUUUUAAUAUCUUACUGAAGACAACCUGUUCUGCUGUAAGGCAUUUCUGUGCUUUCUUUGUUUCUUUCUGUCUUUGUUUUCUUUUUUAUUAUUAUGUCUUAAAAAUUAUUGUUGGAAAUAGUGCUUCUUGUUAUAUUCUUACAGUUGUACAGACCAAAACAAAAAUGAAUUAAUCAAUAAUGAAUCUGGAAAAUCUGCUGUAUUUCUCCAAAGUUCUGCAAACCUGUUGCUGGAUUUCUAAAAAUAGGACAAUCGUUCACCUUCAGAGGUUGCAAGGCCUUGUGUUUGCCAACAUUCCUCUGAAGAAGGGUUUAGACCUGUUGUUAGUGUCAGUCUUAUAGUAGGAACCUGCUAAUAUAACAUAGUUGUAUAACAUGCCAGUAUUUUAUAACCAUGACUUUCCUGUGGGUGGCCAUCCUGUUGAUUUUUAUUAGUGGUUUAGAAAGGAUUUGUUCACCUUAAGAAAGAAAUACAUAAAUAAAUUAUAUGUAUCAUGUUCAAUUGCAAUUCAGUUUCAUGUUAUGUUUUGCACUGUACGGCUCCACAGGCCAUAGAUCAGCUUAAAGCAUAGCAUUUUUAAAUGGCUGCAAUCGUCUGCAAGAUAUGUGAAUAGCUACACACACACACACACACACACAGUCAAAGAAACCAGUUUUUCUGCACACGGGGCCCAGGUGGGAAGAAAGGAAAGGAUAACCGAAACUGGAGUGAGAGUCCGUUGUCCUCUAUUAUAACUGGCCUCACCCUCUGCAAAGGUGUUGCAUUCCGCUGCAGAGCUCAGAGGUAAGGUGUACAGUGGACUCUGGAUCCCAAAGCGAAACUCACAGCCAGUGACUCAGUGGCUUGGAACCCUCAUCUCCUGUUAGCGUGCAAUGCAAACACCUACGUGUUUCUUUUUAUGUCGUCCAACUUCACACAGAAGGGGUUUGAAGCAUUUUGGACAGCACCAACAACGCCUUUAAAAAUCUGUCACCAUCAAAACUUGUAAUUGAUGAUGUUCCUGUGCACAUUAGAAUGGUUUAGCAUUAGUCAUACAACUUGUCUCACUAAAACUGAGUAAAGACAUUGUGUGUUUGCUACAAUCUGGGAGGCCUCUGUCUCUUUCCUCUGCAUGCCUGACUGGACAGUCUGACUCCCAGAUAGAUAUCAUUGGGCUGUCUGAGAUUAGCACUCAUGAGGGUGCAGUUAAACUUGUAAAAGCUCUGGACUCCUGUCCCGGUUCCUCUGUCAUACAUAACGCCCACACAGCAGUUGCGAGUGUGGCACAAUACUGAUAGCCUGUCUACAUUGUCACCAUGCCUCUCAAAUGUGCCUAAGCCUUAGAGCUUAUUGUAGAAGCAGCACAGAUCCUGGCCCAGAAGUGAACUGUGGAGCCUGCUGGAGUUGUUGCCAGGCAGUUUCCAGCAGAGUGUAACAAACAUGUAAUGGAGCUGCUCUGUGUUCAACGGCUCAGCAGUUUUGGAAGGAGACAGCUGAUAACCAAUCAUUUAGGCUGCAGCACUCGGCCUGCCUUCUGCUUAUCAGUAACUAAAUAACAUCUCUGUAAUUUAUGAACACAAUGCACCUUACUUUGUUUGUAUUGUCUUUUAUUGCACUAUGAAUUUAAUAUAUGCAAAGAGUUACAGAAGUUUUUUUAAAUCUCAUAUAUAAUGCAUAAUCAUAGCUAAUUUAUAAGAUCAAAAUUUUCUUCACUUUGACUUACUGUAAAAGAUUACUCACAUUUAAUAAUUUUUGUUUGCUGGACCGUUCUUGGUAGGUGUAGAAAUGCAUUUUGACAUUCAGCCAAAGCUAACUUGAGGCCUCUGCAGUCUGAGUUGACAAAAUCAAGCAAGCAACUUAUUCUUUGUAGUUCAAGCUUUGACUAAAGUUCAGAUUUUAUACAAUAGCAUAGCACCGUAUAGCUCUGUAUGUGCACUGGCAUAGGCAUAGUCUAGCAUAGUAUAGCAUAGCAUACUAUAGUAUAGUGAGGUGCUCUGUGGUAUAGGAUUGUACUUUGCACAGAACAAGGACUGCAGAGUUUGUCUCCCAUCUUCUACCUGAAAAUCCUCUGAGAAACAAAUCUUUUCAAGGCCACAACAGACAUAAUACAUUAAAGAAAUUAUGGAUUAUAGUGACUAAAAACUGCUUUAAUGUACCCAUGGGUAUGAUUUUAAGACAGACUAUUUAAAUGUAUUUAUUUUGGUUAAUCAGUUGUUCUACGGUUUAUUAUCUAUAAUUCUGACAGAACAUUUGAGAGUUGAAAAUGCGGCCCAAAAAGGAAUUUAAAAAUGUCUAGGUAAUUGUGAUGAGCUUCUGUCACCAUUUUCAGUCAUUUUACCAAAGAAAAAAGUCUAAUUAACUGACAAUACAAGUAACUAUUAGAUGCAGUAAUACUAGUAACGAGGUAAUAACCUGUUUCAUGUGUGCAGGGUUUGGACAACUGUAAUGCACUGCAGUGGAAGACAAAUGACUGCAUCAGUGGCACUAUUUGUUAUGAGACUUUGCAUGCAUUUGUUAUAUAUAGAGUUUACUGUAUAAUGAAUGAUAUUACACCCACUAUCACCUGGAGACACCAUAGAGAUGCAUGUACCAAAUUGGAUGGGUAUUGUCCCACUGUUCAGUACACGCAUGCACAUAGAGUCCUGUAGGCUGUUGAUUUAAACCAGUGUAUAGUAAGUCAUUAGUGUAUUUGUUCAGGCAGCAGAUCUAAGCAGUGUGUAGCGUUACACAGCAGAGAGCAGGGUUUGCUGUCAUAAACUCUACGGGACCUCAGUGUUGGCUCGGUGGAGCUCACCUGUGCAAAGCCCUGUAACCACAUCAAAGAAAUCUCUCCACUCUAAGACUUCAAAUAUCUUCUUGUAUCAAUGCUUUCAGUGUGCCACAUGUGUAGAUGUACCACACAUUAUGUAGGCUCAGUACACAUGCUGGAUGCAGACGGACACACCACAGUGGAAGGCAUUGCAGACAUUCUUAGACGGACUCUGUAGGUUCAGUCUACAAAGAAUUACACAGUAGGCAGUGACAAAUCUCCCCACUUAUUUGUGUUUGUUUUACUAGAAUGAGGUCUCUUUUCACUCAUGCUUUGUUUGUCUUAAGUCUUGACUCAGAAAUAGGACUAUAUGGUAAUUAGGCAAUAGCUUAAAAUAUAAUUCAGAAUGUUUCUUAUAAGGAUUUGUAUAUUCUACCACAAGCUAUAAUUAGUAUUCACUGCAGAAAGAGUUGGUCACAUAUACUGUUGUUUUGGUUUUUACUAAUUAAACAUUAAAGCUAUAAUUCAACAACAGGAAAUACACAUUUGCCUUUGUGACAAGAGUUAUAUGAGAAUAAUACGAUUGUUUGUAUGGUAAACAAGAACAUCCAGGAGACAGUUAGUUUAGCUUCCUAGACCAGAAACAGGAAACAGCUGGCUCAUAACCAUUUGGUUUUUAUGGGGAUAUAACAAAUAUACACAUAAUGCGUUAAUUAGUGAGUGGCUUGCAGAUUUCUUAACCUUUGGACAAUGCCAGCUAACUGUUUCCUGUUUCAAGCCUAUGAUUCUAAGCUAACUGGCUAACUAGUCGUAGAUUCAAAUUUAACUUGCAGACACAAUUUCUCCGUAAGAAAAAGAAUAUGCACAGUAUUCAACUGUUCCUUUAAUUUGCAAUAUUUUAUUAGCUAGCAAAGAGAUAGGCUAUUUUUAUAGCAGAAGCUAGAAUUUUUUGUAUGUGUUAUCUAUAAAUAAUGAAAGUCCAGUAGAAAUGUCACAUUAAUGAGGCGCAUUAAUUCUAGAUGGUAAAUGAUAAAUAGACUGCACCUUUUCUACCUUGACGGACAAUGUACUUUACAUUGGUGGUGGAGCUGCCAUUCAAGGCGCUGGCCUGGCCACCGGAAGCAACUGGAGGUUCAGUGUCUUGCCCAAAGACACUUCGACAUGUGGACUGGAGAGACCGAACUGCUAACUCUGUGAUUCGUGGAUGACCCAUGGGUAGAGACCACAUAGAUGUAGUCUGUAAGAAUGUUAAGAUCCCUGUGACUGGGCAGGGUUGCUGUAAAGCUGCCCACUGCACUACCCAGAGAGACAGGCUUGUUUGAACAACACAUCUGAGGCUUGAGACCUCACUGAAUCAGACAGCUCCUUGAGAGCAGCUGCACAGCAGAGUGUGUGUGCACCCACAGCAAGGCAAUAAACCAGUCCUGGUGUAAGUGUGGGUUUUAAACUCGUUCACCCCUGCUGCACUAACCGCUGCAGAUGAUAUGCCAGAUGUGGUACCUCUGCCAUCUCCACAGCAGACACUGUAUAAUUCAACUAUCAAUUUUUUCACUUUUUUUUUGCCUACUUUCUGUGUCACUAACUGCUUUCUUAGUAAAUGUUGCAACAGGAACAUUUGUAUAUUUAAGGAUAUUUCUGACAGUUUUAAAUCAACAAUACUAGGUUAUAAUUGCACAAACCCUUGCUCUAACCAGCUGCUAAACUUGCAGGCCAGCUCUGUUUCGCCACUGUUAAUUUUAUCAUCCAGUUUCAGCUCACAGUGCACUACAAAUACAUUUCCCCUUAUGCAGUUACAGUGUAUAAGCAACAAUGUGACAAGUGAAAAGCACAAGAAAGAAAACACAGACAGUAGGAUAAGUAUGAACACUGAGCAACUGAAUUGAAUUUCAUUCGGAUUGUGUAUCAGAAAUGAUCAAGUGCUGUGAGAUCACUAGUCUGAAUUAGUGACAAGGCACCAGCACAAUUAGGAACAUAACACUAGUGCAGUAAAACAUAAAAAACUAAAUACUUAUUGUCUAAAUUUACAAUGCUCAGUAGUAGCUGCUGGCGUCGCUCAGCAUCCCUGCAGCGAGUAAACACCAGCUUCGCCUGGGUCCACUCAUGCCUGGCCACUGCAGCUGAAGGCUUAAAAAUUACAGCUUUGUUGACAAGAGAGCAACCACAUGACAUUCCUUGGAACAAUGAGUGCACAUGUCAAGAGAACACAAACAACAAAAACAGACGUUACGCUAUUUUGAGUUUAAUCUAAUCAUGCAAUCUUUAGGAAAGCUACCUUUUUGAGUGGCCUCUGUUUUUAAAGCCAUCAUCACAUAUUUAAUCAUUUCUAUUUUAGAGGGUGACUGGUGAUACUGCUUCCUGUGGAGGAAGUGGAAAGGAGUGGGUGGGGGGAUUGGAGGGAUGUAUGGUCUUCCGUCUGUAUGUUUCAUCUUCACCGUGUCCCCCUCCUCCUUAACAUCCUGCACCAGAGCACAGAGUUUGAGCAAAGUUGUCCAAAAAUUGUGAUGUCUUCAAAAAUGCAGAGCUCCAGUAGCAUAGCCCAGGCCAGACGGACAGUGCAGCAGCUUAGGAUAGAGGCCAGCAUCGAGAGGAUAAAGGUGUCCAAGGCGUCAUCAGACUUAAUGCGCUAUUGUGGAGAACACGCCAAGAAUGACCCACUGCUCAUGGGCAUCCCUGCGUCAGAAAACCCUUUCAAGGACAAAAAGCCUUGCACUGUUUUGUAGGAGAACAUCUGAACUCUUGUUGCUUUUCACUUUUAUUCUUUUAUGUGAGAAAGAUCUAAUAGUAAUACUGUUCACAACUUGCCUUAAGGCCAGUGUACCCCCUUACUUUUUCACAUGCCUGCUGCUGUUUGACAAGGAAUAUAUUCCUCUCAACCUUUUAGUCAGAGAGUGGUUACACCAAAGAAGCUGUGGUCAGAUCAAACCUUUAGCUCCGGCAAAGGUGAUUAAAAGUUUGUAAUAAGACUCAAUGGUGACUUUUGUUUCUCUGUGCUGUUAUCUGACAAGACCAAGAGUGCCCCAGACCUUGGCUUGGAAGGAGCUCUAUCACUGAGGGAGUGUUCCUGACUCCCUAAUUAUCACAGUGUGCAUAAGCAGAUUUAGGCUUUCAGCUUUUACCUCUUUCUUUCAUCAGCUUUGCUUCACAGAACAGUUGUUGUAGUUUGUUCUCAACUGAUAAAGAGCAUCUGAGAUAAUGUUAUCCUGUCUCUGGACAAGUAAACCAGGCUGUUCUGUUACAGGAGGACAAAUGGAAAGGGCUGAAGUUCACUGCUACUGCUCCUGUGUUAUAUGUUGUCAUCAUGUCACACUCUUAAAUAAUAAAUAUUUAGGUAUUAAAUGGUUCCCAUCUCUCUCUUAGCAUAGACAGUGCAACCAACGUGGUUCAAAUGUCCUACCACAAACUGUAUGACACAUGUUUUCAGAUCACUAAACACUCCACUCUGUAGAUGACUGUUUUGCAUGAGGUACUACUUACAGUAUGCUUUACAUGGGGAAACAAAUAUCCAGUCAUUGUUCCUGAAGAAAAACAUUUAAGACCAAUCUGUGCCAUCUAACCAGAUCUACCUAUUCAGUGUCACUCUUAGACUUCUGCUAUCUCACCACAAAAUGUUUGAUUUCUUUUGCCAGCAGAUUCUCUGUUUCUUUCUGCAGCACUGAGGCAUAUUAUUGAUUCAGGUACUUUGAAACCUGUAAACAGCAGAUGACUGUUAAAUUCUUGAGUUUGAAACAUUCUGUGUUUACAGCUGCAGUAAAACUUAUUAUGAGUAUCUUAUUCUGACCGUUUGCAUAUAGGUAUAACUUUGUUGGUGCUCAUGCAAAACAUAAGCAACUAAUUUUGCAAUUUUACCAGCCAGGGCCUUAAUAAUGAAGUAAUCCUGCUUCAGACUAUUAACUACCUUUUAGUCACGCCAAGUGCUGUUGUCUAUCUAAUACUGUGAAUACUGUAAUACUGUAGGUAUAUUUAGGCGAAGGAAGUAUCUGUGUACAACAUCAUAUUUGAAAAUGUUCAGUAGUAAUUGCAUUGAGGUUUCUAUCUUAUGUCUGUAACUAUUCAGUGCAGUUUGUAUGUCCAUGUAGCACAAUAAAUGCUUGCUUGUAGCUGUUUAAUGUGCAGUAUGUCACUGUUUCAGUCAAACCUCAGCUUUGAGUUUUAAUUUUUCAAUUUAAACUAUGUGUGUUAUUUUGGUUAAUGUAAUAUUUGAUUGCUUUUUAUUGGUGAAUAUGAAUUUGUGUUUUUAUUACAAAAUAAUUACAAUGUUUAGGUAGGUAGUGUAUGUCGUAUCUCUGUCUUUGCCUGUUUGUGAUAAA